GCCGGUGUGAGCUUGUUUGUGCUUAGAUGGGAGACCUCCUGGGAAAACAGAAUUGCAGCUUUGAGGUGUUGAUGGGUCAGUAGUGGGCACUAUUCCCGCUGGACCAAGUAUAAAUCUAGUGCCGCAGCAAAGCGUGCUCUGUAGGCGUGAUACUUGGGCGUACAGUAUUGGAACGGGGAGCUGUCGGGCUUUCUAGAGAUACCAGAUAUGGCUUUAAGAAAUGCAGUUUUUCGUUUGCUCACCAAUUACCAGAGAUGUGCUCCUAUUUCAAUAUCAAGAGCACAGGGAACUGCCGCGCAAAUUCAACUAGAGACAGCAAAGGACAAAAAAGCAGCUAAAACACCCAAGGUGCAGUUCAACUGGCAAGAUGCCCUGGAUCUGGACGGGCUUCUGACCGAAGAUGAGAUAAUGAUUCGGGACUCCUUCCGCACGUACUGCCAGGAGAAACUCAUGCCCCGCAUCCUGAUGGCCAACAGGAAGGAGGUGUUCCAUCGUGAUAUUGUUUCGGAGAUGGGGGAGCUGGGAGUUCUGGGCCCUACCAUCACAGGCUACGGCUGCGCGGGCACGAGCUACGUGGCGUACGGGCUGAUCGCCCGGGAGGUGGAGAGGGUGGACAGCGGGUACCGCUCCGUCAUGAGCGUGCAGUCCUCGCUGGUCAUGCACCCCAUCAACGCCUACGGGACGGAGGAGCAGAAGGAGAAGUACCUGCCCAGGCUAGCGCGCGGAGAGAUCCUGGGCUGCUUUGGGCUGACGGAGCCGAACCACGGCAGCGACCCCGGCGGCAUGGAGACGCGGGCCAAGUACAACCCCUCCGGCCGCACCUUCACCAUCUCCGGCGCCAAGACCUGGAUCACCAACUCCCCCGUGGCGGAUGUCUGCGUGGUGUGGGCCAAGUGUGAGGACGGCCGGAUUCGAGGCUUCAUCCUGGAGCGCGGGAUGCCGGGCCUGACCACGCCCAAGAUCGAGGGCAAGUUCUCCCUGCGGGCGUCCGCCACGGGCAUGAUCGUGAUGGAUGAGGUGGAGGUGCCCGAGGAGAACCUGCUGCCCAAAGUCUCCGGCCUGGGAGGUCCCUUCGGCUGUCUGAACAACGCCCGCUACGGCAUUGCCUGGGGCGCCCUCGGCGCCGCUGAGUUCUGCUUCCACGCCGCCCGCCAGUACACCCUGGACAGGAUACAGUUUGGCGUUCCCCUGGCCAGGAACCAGCUUAUGCAGAAGAAGAUGGCCGACAUGCUGACAGAGAUCACCAUAGGACUGCAGUCUUGUCUGCAGCUUGGCAGACUCAUCGAUGAGAAGAAGGCAGCCCCGGAGAUGAUCUCCAUGCUGAAGAGGAACAACUGCGGCAAAGCGCUGGACAUCGCCCGGCAGGCCCGGGACAUGCUGGGCGGGAACGGCAUCGCCGACGAGUACCACAUCAUCCGCCACGUCAUGAACCUGGAGGCCGUCAACACCUACGAGGGCACCCAUGACAUCCAUGCCCUGAUCUUAGGCAGAGCCAUCACCGGACUGCAGUCUUUCACAGUGGAGAAGUAGAUCUGAACUGAAGAUUUUUUUUUUCCUGAGUGGCGACGAAAAAAACCUGGACCUAAAUCAUGACCUGGUUCUUGAGAAAGAGAUACAGACUGUAGUCUGAGCACAGUGUUGUAUUUUCACUCCAAUGUGCCUUUAAAAAAUUUUUCAUUUUCGGAAUGGCGGGGGUCCUGGGACAGCUUGCAAUGUAAGCAUGUCGGAAAAGGUCAAAGUUCUGGAAUAUUGCGUUACACACUUUCAAAGGCAGUGCUGUUUGGGCCUGUCAUUACUGUAGGAGAUCUGCAGUUGUAAUUGUUUUACUCUGAGAAUGAACUGUUGGAACAAUGAGGGUAUGUUUCAUUUAAACAGAUUUUUUUCAGAACUUUAGAACUGUAGAAAAUAUCUAAAAAAAAAAAGUAAUGUUUAGGAAAAUGAUCUCUAGUGGUGAAAGUGAGAAAGGAGAAAAGCUACAGAGGUUUUUGCUUGACAUUGUGCAAACAAGGAAAUUAGUUUGCUGUCCUAAUUAUCAUGACAAGUAUUAACUAUUAAAGAGUGAUGAUAAUAUAGGAUAACGAUUGGAAUUUAUUUUUUGAUUGACUAAUUUAUUGUAUCCUUCAGGCAGGACUACUGUUACUGGUUACUGUUACUGUUAAACUGCUAAAUGUUGUUCCCCAUUUUCACAAAUUUGGGUUUUCUAUUUCUAUUAUGAUAUAACUGACACAUGGACAUCAUGAUCCAACUAAUCUACCUCUCUGUGACGAUGUUAAACUCAGCAAACCUUGCUUUUACUUCCUGUAAAAGUUUUCUGUGACUUUUUUAUGUUUCAUAAUCACACUGUUGUGUUCUUUUGGGAUUUUGGGGAAUUGUCUGUUGCUCAGAUAAUUUUACGGUAGUCAGUGUAUUAUCAUUUCUCAGGUUUCAUGGAGGAUUGCAAAAUCAACUAUAACUAUGUAUAAUUGGACAAAGGAGGCGCAUAAAUGAAUUGGUACAUUAAAAAUGAGAAGUUGUGAAAACAAUA